AGCGGAAUCAGUUGGGAAAAGAUGGUAAAACAUUUAUGUGUAUUUUAUACUGUGACUAGUUGGAAAACAGACCAUACAGAAGAGGUAAUGAGCGUUAUUCGAGGCAAAUGUAUACUAAAGUAAUAGCCGCAAAGCCAUAGCGGAAGUAGCUUUACCCUACAGUUAUUCGUGUGGAAAAAGUCUUUCGGAUAAACAGUCUUUGUCACAGUUUUUUUUAUUUUUUAUUUAAUUUAUUAUGAGUUACAAAAAUAGACUAUAUUCACGGACUGUGAUGACGCGUUUCCGCAUUAUUUAUCAGCGUAAAUGUCGCAUUUUUAAUAUUAUAAUUUUUUUUUAAAUGUUGAAUGUAAAUUUAUAACAUUAUGCUUUUGUUUUAUAUUACCCUGGAAUUAUAUAUAAAAAAUACAUUACCACAGCAAAUAUUAUUUGGAGUUUAUAAGGGGUUUAUGCAGCGAGAGUGACAGUUAAUUUGGCAUCUUCUCCCAUUUUACUAUCUUAAUCCACCACUCUCUAUUUUUGAACUCUUCUGGAAAGUAAUUCAAACAUAAUAGUUGGAUUUUUUUAUUUUGCUCUUGGAGCAAAUGGGUAAGUAAAAAUAAUAUUUGCUGCGAUCUCCCAUUCACCGCUGUCGAGGUUUACCCUGCAAACGUAUACUUCCGCGUUUCAAAACCCGGAGUGUGAAAAAGGUAUAUUGUAACAACAGCAAUCUGAAACUUUAAUUUGACUUUAUUUAUCUUGAAACAGUUCAUUUAAAAAUCCAGUGAAUAAAAUAUUUGUUUUUCUUGGUGGGUCUCGUGUCCAAGGAGUUCAAGCGAUCAAAGGGCUUUUAUUUUGAUAUGUCUCUAUGCUGACGGUGAAAAACAGGUUCCGUGUUGGUGUUGUGCUGUUUUGUGCCACUGGUCAGGCGGUCAGAUCUCAGCAGCUGAAGAUGGAGCAUUUAUCAUCAGACUCCGAAACUGAAGAACAUGUGCAGCCUUUACUUCGCCGAAAAGACACCGGGGAUAUUCAGAAAGCUCCAUCUUGCUGCUCUUCACGUUAUGGGCUGGCCUUAUUGUCUUGCUAUGGCUUCUUUGUGGCAUAUGCGCUAAGAGUGAACCUUAGUGUGGCAAUGGUGGACAUGCUGAAAAACAGCUCCAGUGCCAAUACCAGUUCCUCUGAAUGCCCUCACCACAGCAGCCCUGUACCCAAACACAAUCACACCGCCCGUGUGCAUGACUGGAAUUCCGAGACUCAGGGCUGGAUUCUGGGCUCUUUUUUCUACGGAUAUAUCCUUACUCAGAUACCAGGUGGCUAUUUGGCACGCAAGUAUGGUGCUAAAUGGCUCUUGGGUAUUGGCAUCCUUUGCACUGUGAUCUUCACCAUGCUGACUCCUCUUGCUGCUGAUCUGGGAGCUGGUUACCUCAUCGCUGUCAGAGUGUUGGAAGGUAUUGGGGAGGGUGUGUCAUUUCCUGCUAUGCAUGCAAUGUGGGCAUCAUGGGCCCCACCUCUGGAGAGAAGUCGACUGCUCACUAUCUCUUAUGCAGGUGCUCAGUUGGGAACUGUAGUGGCCCUCCCCCUGUCUGGCCUGAUAUGCUUUUACCUAGACUGGACAUAUGUCUUUUAUAUAUUUGGUGCUGUUGGUUUACUCUGGUUUAUCCUUUGGACUUGCCUGGUCAGUAACACUCCCAGCUCACACAAAAGGAUAUCAGAGGUUGAGAGGACCUACAUAACGUCAUCUUUAAAAAAUGAGAUGUCUCCAACCACAGACUACAUCCCAUGGAUAUCGAUCCUCAAGUCUUUGCCAUUAUGGGCCAUAGUUGUGGCACACUUUUCUUACAACUGGACAUUUUACACUCUGUUGACUCUCUUACCCACUUACAUGAAUGAUAUACUUGGAUUCAGCAUCCAAAAGAAUGGCAUGCUCUCGGCUCUGCCUUAUCUUGGUUGUUGGUGUCUGGCUCUGUUGGGUGGGCAGCUGGCAGACCUCCUCAGAGAGAAAUAUCUCAUCCGCACAGUAAUGGUGCGCAAGGCUUUCACUAUAGUAGGAAUGAUAGGGCCAGCUGUGUUUCUGGUGGCUGCUGGCUAUACCGGAUGUAACUACUACUAUGCUGUUGCCUUCCUCUCCAUCUCUUCCUCUCUAGGGGGCAUUUCAGCCUCUGGAUUUAACAUCAACCAUUUGGAUAUUGCUCCCUCCUAUGCUGGGAUAUUGCUUGGGAUCACAAACACAUUUGCCACUAUACCCGGCAUGGUGGGGCCUGUAAUUGGAAGCUCACUGACCAAAUCUAAGACCAUUGCAGAGUGGCAAAUUGUGUUCUACAUCUCAGCGGGAAUCAAUGUGUUUGGAGCCAUUUUCUUCACAUUAUUUGGGCAGGGUACAGUCCAGCCCUGGGCUGUCCAGAGAAACCACAUCCAAUAAACCGUGAGCAAUUUCCAAAAGGACACUAAUAAUGAGUAUUGCACAAUGCUAUUUUUAUUACUAUUAUUAUUCAUGUAAUAUACCAUGCAAAGACACCAUGACUUUGGGUAAAUUUAGUUGGUAAUGUCUGGAUUGUCAAAAUUUUCAAAUUUAUUUUUACUAUAAAUUUCUAAUUUGUACAUUUCAGGUUUCUUUUUUCUAUUAUUCUAAGGUGAGAUAAAAUAAAAAUAAUUAAGUGAAGGAAUGAAUACAUUAUAUAGAUGAAAUAUACAGUAAUUGUAAAAAUAUAAAACGGUUGAUCACCAUGUUGGAUCUUUUGUAGCAGUUUCCUCUUGUACUUCUUAUGCCUUACCUUGUCAUUAGCACAAUAUGCCUUGUGUUAUACCUUUGUGCACAAGCAACAACAGUUUGAAAGGGACAUAUUUUCUCUUGUUUAAAUCAUGGCUGGUAUUGAGAUUUCAGCCUUUUUUAACUGAUUUAUGUUUACAUUUUUUUUUUGUAUUUUUUGUUUACAAAGUCAAAUAAAGUAUAAAAACUGUGUAAACACUGUAUCUUGUAUAAUCUGUGGUUUGUAAAAAUGCUACACCACAUGCUUCAUAUUGGAAUUCCAGUGCAUAUCAAAUAAAAUUAUUA